AUGGACGCAAAUCAGAAUGACGAGCUCUACCCCAUCGCCGUGCUCAUCGAUGAGCUCAAGCACGACGACGUUAUUCUCCGCCUGAAUGCAAUUCAUCGCUUAAACACGAUUGCACUCGCCCUGGGUGCUGAGCGAACACGUGAGGAGUUGAUACCCUUUCUAGAUGAGUCCGUCGAAGACGAAGACGAGGUUCUCACAGCAUUGAGCGAGGAGCUGGGAAAGUUUGUCGAAUAUGUGGGAGGCCCAGAACACGCACAUGUGCUCCUCUCACCACUCGAAAACCUUGCAGCUAUAGAGGAGCCCCUUGUCCGAGAGAAGGCUGUCGAGUCCCUUAACAAGAUCUGCGAGGAGCUCUCGCAGCAGCAGAUUGAAGAAAACUUCAUUCCUCUUGUCCUGCGCCUAUCGAAAGCCGAUUGGUUCACCUCCAAAAUCUCCGCCACAGGUCUCUACCAGACCCCCUACUCCCGCGCCACACCCCCGUCACAAGAGGCCCUCAGGCAACACUACGGCCAGCUAGUACAUGAUGACACUCCCAUGGUACGAAGGCAGGCGGCGAACAACCUGGCUAAAUUCAUCAAGGCCAUGCCGCCAUCCAUUGUCAUCGAUGAGAUGAUCCCGCUUUUCCAGCACCUUGCCGCAGACGACCAGGACAGUGUCAGGCUGUUGACUGUUGACAUUCUCAUUGCCAUCGCCGAAGCAGUACCCAAGGAGCAACAGUCGAGCCAUGGGGUUUUGUUGACUGCGCUGCGCAGUUUGUUCGAGGACAAGAGCUGGAGGGUGCGGUACAUGGUGGCAGACCGAUUCGAGAAGAUCGCAAAAGCAGUGGAUGAGGAGGUCGUCAACCGAGACCUUGUGCCAGCAUUCGUUAAGCUCCUCAAGGAUACUGAGGCGGAGGUCCGUAGCGCGAUUGCUGGUCAGAUUCCAGGCUUCUGCGCACUCCUUGAGCGUGAGACCCUCCUACACGAGGUCAUGCCCAGCAUAGAGGAGCUGGUCUCCGAUCAAUCGCAGCAUGUCCGCGCCGCGCUUGGCACUCAGAUUAGUGGGCUGGCACCUAUUCUUGGAAAGGAGGAGACCAUCUCACAUCUCCUCCCCAUGUUCCUGCAGAUGCUCAAGGACGAGUUCCCCGACGUGCGACUGAACAUUAUCUCCAAGCUCGAGUCUGUCAACAACGUCAUCGGCAUUGAGCUUCUCUCGCAGUCUCUCCUUCCAGCCAUCGUACAACUUGCCGAAGAUAAGCAAUGGCGCGUGCGUCUUGCUAUCAUCGAAUACGUUCCUCUCCUCGCGUCCCAACUCGGUGUUCAGUUCUUCGACGAGAAGCUUAGCAGUUUGUGCAUGAGCUGGCUUGGAGAUACUGUCUUCUCGAUCCGUGAGGCAUCGACUCAGAAUCUGAAGAAGCUCACCGAGGUCUUUGGCGUAGGGUGGGCCAACGAUGCCAUUGUUCCCAAGGUCAUGGCCAUGGGACAACACCCCAACUACCUGUACCGUAUGACGACGUGCUUUGCAGUAUCGACUCUUGCACCUGCUCUCAGCCUUGACGUCAUUGAACAAUCCAUUAUUCCCAUGAUGGAUAAACUUGUCAACGAUGACAUUCCCAACAUCCGGUUCAACGUGGCCAAAUCGUAUGGCCAACUGAUCAACACACUCAAACAGCUUCCAGAGCAGGGUACGGUGAUUGCUCUUGAGAAGGCAGGCACACCGGGUCAGGGAUGUCAAAAGGCAACGGACGUCAUCACGAAGAGCAUUUUGCCCAACCUAGAGAAGCUACAGCAAGAUGAUGAUGUGGACGUGCGAUACUUUGCGACGACGGCAGCCCAAAGCUUCACCGAGGCAAUGCAGACUUAG